CUAAACUGUAACCUUGACUACAUGACAUAUUAGAGAUUGUUGCCAUGGUUACAACAUGUAAAAUCUUAUAAAAAUGAUAUUUUGAAUAUUCAUACAUCAUUCAUGUAAUCAAUGUUCAUUCAACAAAUUAUCCUUAUUGAUUAAUUACAAUAAAAUAGUUACAAAAUGAAUCUAUCACCAUCGAAACUAAAUUCAAAAUCAAAUGAAUUAGAAACAGUCAAUGAAGAAUCCACUAUAAAAGAUACCAAUACAAAUGAUGUAAUGAAUCAAGAAAGAAAUUCUAGAUUAGAUAUAUUAUCAAAAGCUAAAGGUGUUAAAAGAUUAUCAUUGAUAAAGCAUUCAAUCACUGCACAAUCUCAACCACAAACUCCAGCCAGUUGUCCCAAUCGUUCACCAUUAUCCUGUUUCAACACUUCUGUCAAUGGUCCAACAUCAGCAGUAGAAACAAAUAAAAUAUUGACUUUUCGAGAAGUUGAUCAUCCAACAAGUGUUAUCACUAGUAGGAAGAUCAGUCAAAACAUUCAAUCAUCAUCAUCAGCAGCAGCAUCCUCUCUGACAUCUUUGACAAACACUAGUCGACCACCAUUGUCACUAUUAGGUAUUCUGGCUGCUAAACGGAUCACACGGAAAUUUCUAUCAACAUUGGCUGAUGAGAAACAUCAAAGACGUCUGAGUACAUUCAGUAGACUAUCCUCUUACAGUCCAGCAUCAUACAAUUUAAUCAAUUAUCUACCAACAUUUCAAUUAGGCCCAAAAGAAAUAUUCAAUGUUAGUAAUGUAAAACCUAGAAUAGAACAACUAGUUCAAUCACGUAUUGAAUCACUUCCAUCAACUUAUGAACGUUUUAAAGCUAAUCGAUUAUGUAUUUCAUUAGCAAAUGAAAUUAAAGCAAUGCUCAAAGCACAUGGAGAAGAACGAUAUCGUUAUUUAGUAUUUUGUUUAGUCAUGCAAAAUUGUAAACAAAUGGCUGGAUUCACUAAUCGUGUAUUAUGGGAUAUGAAUUAUGAUCGAUCAUUCUACGUGAAUCAAACAAAUACAUCGUAUCAUAUAUCAGUCAAUUGUUUUAUUGUAUACAAAGAAUAGACUGAUUUGAUUAAUCAUGAUUUGGUUUUUGGUUAUGUGGAUCAAAUGAAAUGAUGUUUAUCUUGUUCAAAUCAACUUGCUUUUAUAGUACUACUUAUUAUUAAUUAGUAGGCAUUUCUAUGCUUAACAAUCUUAUGGUAGAUAAAAACAGAUCAAACAAAUGAGAUGAACGACUAAUGAUUAUAGUGACUAUUGUAUGGCGUUUUGUUCACAUGUUAUUCACUUCAAAUCAAGCAACUUUUUGUACUUGCUUUUAUACUACUUAUUAACAAUAUUUCACUUUCGAUCAAUGUUACAUACUCUCUAUGUAUAAAUAUCCAUAUCAGCAGCACACACCAUCCAGAACCUGGAUUUCUUCUGAGAAGCAGUGACCAGUGAAGUUCAGUCGGGUCUGUCGUGAGAUAAUAACUCACUGAAGACAAUGGACGAUGAUAGCGCAAAUUCGUGGAUUAGUUGAAGUUGGAGGUUAGGCGUUCACGCACGAGACCUAUGUUCGGAUCUCACGAGUCGGGAUGGUGGAUGUAUUUCUUUCGUUCACCAAAGCUUUUUGGUAGUGUUAUUAUUAUUGUUAUUAAUGCCUUUAUUCAAUAUUAUAUUUUGGUACAAUAUAGAAUUCUCAGCAGAAAAAGCGGUAUGUGUCGAUUGGGAAUGUAUAAUAAAUCUAUAAGCAUAAGAAGGUUUUACAUUGAUCAGCUUGAUUGUUCAGUGUGUUAACGAUGGUGGCCAUAGCAACUCACGUGCAACUGAGUUUGUUCUCCUUUAACUCAGUUAAGCCCUUUUAUUAACUUAUUUAGGGGACAAAGUCAUCCAUACUAUAACAACUUAUUGUACCUUUAUUAUUGUUGUGCUUGUAUGAAAUAUGUGUAUGCUUGAACAUUUUCUUACCGCCUACGCGCAUCUAUUCAUUCUGCUAGCUUUAUUAUUAACUGC